AUUGGAUUCUGUGGUUUUGUGGGAAGAAAACUUCAUCCUCCAUAGAUUAACUGUGGUCCUGGGAGUUUAUACGCAACCCAUGUUAGACGUUCAAAAGCUGUCAGAAAGUGGUAUUAUAAGCUCUGAUGUUGCUUUCUGUAAUACUACAAUGGUGCAUGUGGUGGGGUUUGAGGAGCACAAUUGAGAUGAAAAGAAAAGUAUGAGAGGUCGAGCAGGGCAGUUGGGCUCAACUUUCUUUGUUGGUCGGUUGAGAUUGUUCAGUUAAUCAUAGGCUGAGGCUGAGAGGUAUGGCCACUAAAACCACAGUCGACCAUCAGAAACUUUAGUUUAGAUAACUCAAUCAUGAAGUUACUUUGGGAUGACUGACUUUGGUUGGGUUUCACACUUCUAAAAUAAUGAAAAGAAAACAAGGACAAAUUCUCAAAUUCUUAUGAGAACUAAAAGCCCGUGGAGGGUUGUUUCAGAAUUAAUCUCGCAUAUUAUCUGAGAGUCGAUAAUAGGAAGAAAAKAGAAUUGUAAGGGGUUUGUUUUGCUUGAUUUGCAUUUUGUUUUAGGUAAGUAUAAAGAUCCCCUCCCCUCCCCUAACUUGAGUUACAUUAUGGUAUGGGUUUAAUUAAUUCGUUGGACACACGUACGUUUGUUUGUGCAUUAUUUGAUGAAGAUUGAGACUUGUGUACAUUUGUAGAGUUUGGCCCUACACAGCUCCUCAACUUAGGGUUCUUCACAACUAUAAAUUCCUGUCAUUCCCCUUUCUUUCCUCUCCACCCCUGGCCCUGCACCUGCCUGCAUGUUCCUUAUCUCUCUCUAUCUCGCUAGUUUCAACACAACUUGAAUUUUUGUCACUAAAAUCUCCCCUGUUUUGGUGUUCACUCAUUCGCCCUUCCUCUUGUUAAGAAUAUGGCGAACUGGAAUAAGAAUGUCCAUAAAGAAGGUGAGGAAGUGGAAGAAAAUUGGAAUAGGAACAGAGGUGAAGAUUGCAAUGGAAAUGGAAGUGGAAAUGAAGAAGAGAAGGCGUACGUUCAUGGUGGGUGUGGGUGGUCCAGGACGACGACGAGGCUGAGCAAGAAAAGCUUGGAAAUGUGCACCGAAGGGUUAGGGAGCGAGAGCGGGAGCGACAUGGGUGAUGACAUGUGUUUGGAAGUGGAU